AUGAUCGAGGAGAUUGCCGUUCUCGAGUCGAACGACGUGGGGACCCUGUCGAGACGCCCGACCCGCAGCAACGUGUUUGCUGUGCAACACGUUGCUGCGGGUCGGGCGUCUAUUAGACGAAUACCACUGCUGACGGCAAGCUGGGGUGACACAAGUUUCGGUCUGGUGACAAAGUUUUUAGGCUUGCGUGUGACGCACAGCAACAAGCGCGAGAACCUGCUUGAUCAGGAGGAGGCGAUCCUCGACAUUAUACAGCGACCUGGAUGCUCGAGACAAAUGCGGCGCGCGCCAAUCGGAGCAGACUGUUACGACACAGUGAGCGUGGAGAGCGAGGUUCCGUCAAUCACGAGCGCGCCAGGACAGCCGAACGUCCGCACGCUUCAAUUGCUUGUGGGCUCGCUGCUUUGGGUGGCCAGGUGCACGAGACCCGACAUCGCUUUUGCGGUACACAAGGCCACGCGGCAGACACACGCACCGCGCAGAAGACUGAAAACUCGCGAAGCGCGUUGUACGCUAUCUGAGCGACACAUGUGCACUUAA